UAUACUCCGAUUUUCUUACUUUUUUCUCCUGGAUCUGAAGUUUUUGGAUCAAUUCCUCUCUUCUCUCUUCUCACUCUACUAAUUUCAAUCUCUCUCUAUCCCAAUUCCCAAGCAGCCGAAACCACUGUUGCUGAUAAUAUUCGCCGGAAAAUCAAGAAUUUCUGUGACAAGUUUAACGGCAACAGAAACAGUAUUACAGUAACAAUGGCUUGUCAAGAUUUAAGCUGAAUCUCACUUAAGCUUCAGACCCAUUUCCGCCUCUUCCGACUGUAUGCAGCCUAGCUGACCUCAAGCUCCGGCGAGUUUUUCCGGUGAUUUGCAACUCCGUUCCGAUUUCUAGCUGUUUCGGAUGUUCGGAUUGCUAUAAGCUAGCAAUCCUCGUUGUUAGGUUAAAAAGACUGAUUGACUGGUAGAUGCGAAGAAAAAAAGGCUAGCUAGAAUUAGAACCCUAGUCUGAAAUUUCUACUAAUAGUAUACGCCUAUGAUUCUACCUCCUUGAAGUUCAUAAAUAGAAAAGGCUAGAGGACUACUUCUCCGCAUGCCGACCGACGCCGACAACUCCUUCGCCAUGAACGACUCCCCCGGUUCCGGCGAAGCCAGCGUUUCUUCCUGUGACAACCAAUCACUUCCCCCAAAAGCUGCAGCCAAGAAAAAACGGAAUCUUCCCGGAAUGCCAGAUCCAGAUGCAGAGGUCAUUGCUUUAUCACCAAAGACGCUUUUAGCUACAAAUAGAUUUGUGUGUGAAAUAUGCAAUAAAGGGUUUCAGAGAGACCAGAAUUUGCAACUACACAGAAGGGGACACAAUCUGCCAUGGAAGCUUAGGCAAAGGUCAAGCGUGGAAGUGAAGAAAAGAGUGUAUGUAUGCCCUGAACCUACUUGUGUUCAUCACGACCCGUCAAGAGCCCUUGGCGAUCUCACCGGAAUCAAGAAGCAUUUCUGUCGGAAACAUGGUGAGAAGAAGUGGAAAUGUGAGAGGUGUUCCAAGAAGUAUGCGGUUCAGUCUGAUUUGAAGGCUCAUUCCAAAAUCUGUGGCACCAAAGAGUAUAGGUGUGAUUGUGGCACUUUUUUCUCUAGGCGGGAUAGCUUUAUUACACACAGGGCAUUCUGUGAAGUAUUAGCAGAGGAGAGUGCGAAAGCACAUGAAGGCAUUGUGGCUCCAAUUUCUGAGGACCCAAAGCCUGCUUCACCAUCACAACCGUCGCCUUCACCACCAUUGCCGCCACAGCUGAGUCAGUCACCAUCACCACCACAACCAUCAGUAGCCCAACAACCUACAGCACCAUCUGAUCCCCCAGCUACCACUACAGUCACAUCUGUAAAACUUCCAGAGUUCCGGGAGUGUACAAACACAAAUGAAACUGGAUCAGUGGGCCCAAAACAAGUGGUAGAAGAAACUACAGUGAUAACGAGCUGCUUAACCGGUAGCUGUGGCAGUAGUAGCAGCCCAAACAGUCAAGUAAGUGGCAGUUUGUUUGCCAGCUUAUUUGCCUCCUCCAAUGCUUCCAGAACUUUCCAUUCUCAAGCAUCUGGCGGCAGCCGUGGCUUUACAGACAUGUUCACCACACCCAUGGUAUUACCUGAACAACCCCCUUCAUCCUCCGAACCAAUAUCUCUCUGCCUUGCAAUGAGUCAUAGUCUCGGUCAAGACCGGAGACAGUAUGGCCAACCAACCCAACCGGCUAUGUCUGCUACAGCACUAUUGCAAAAGGCCGCCCAGAUGGGUGCAUCCCCAUCAAACUCAUCGCUGCUAAUGGGCCUAGAUAUUCUGUCUUCUUCUAAUGGGCAGCAUGAGUUUAGAGGGAGGGACGGUGGCUCGUCAUUAGCUGUGGGCCUGGGACUUGGGCUUCCAUGUGAUGGCGGUUCCAGUCUAAAAGAACUUAUGUUGGGCACCCCUUCUGUUUUUGGACCGAAGUAUCCUACACUCGACCUGCUCGGAUUAGGAAUGGCGGUUGGUGGUGGCCCCACUUCCAGUAUAUCAGCACUUAUGACAUCUAUUGGUGGAAAUAUGGACAUGGCUGCAGGAAGGGGAUCUUUUGGGGCUGGGGAAUUUAACAGCAAGGACCCCUAGCGUUAAGGGGAUGGUUAUUUGUUCAAGAUUUUGGGUGUGUAUAUUAGAGCUUGUCAUUGGACAUUACAUGUCCUUGUGUCCCUAACGGAAGCCCAUUAGGUCUGACCGUCUGAUUACUCCAUGGGCCGAGCACGUGACCAUACGUGACUCGUUCUUAGACAUGACCGUUGUUACGUUGUUUUAUUCGUAACGCCCGGGCAUUUAUUCCAACAAUUACUAGACAUAUUUAUGUGUACAAUUUAGUCUGAAACAAAGGGUCCAUUCUUGAAUAUGGGGGCUCAUGAUAUUACAUUAUACCAUCACAAAAAAUAAAACCUGUUUAUGUCAUUAUCCAUACUUUGUGGAGCUCUUGUUAGGAGUGUUUUAUGUAUCUAAUUUGAAUAUUUUGUUCAGAUUUGUUUUUGUAUAUUUUCAUUGGACUAAUCUAUAUUUUGUCAGGAUGGAAUGAUAUGAAUAUUUAUCUUUUGGUA